AUGGUAACCCUACUGUCCUUGCUUUUUCCACGGUACAAUCACAUCUCGUCUCCAAUUCCCCCAAUGUCUGCCUGGGUGCGUUGAUUCGCCGUGUCCUGAAGAGUUACAUACAUAAGCAAAUAUCCGCCCGGAUCGUCGUAUCACGAUGCUGCAUCAGACAUUACGCAACGACUAGCAGAGUAUAUCGGUGUGCUGAACUCUUUUCUGAUACCAGGCCUUUUUCUAAAAUUUCCGCCCUGCCACAACAACCCGAACCCGUUACUUUCGGUCUUGUACCGACCUGUCCACCCAUUCGUCUCCCAUAUACCACUAUACCGCCUGCGUGACCACCACCACCACCCCCCCCAAGCCACCGCUGCACCUGCGAUCUCUUUCAUGAACCCGUUCCCCAGCUUCGCAUGCAACAAUCCGAGGUUGCAUGAACAAAGUAGACCAUGGAGGAAGCAACCAAGACGAUUAAGAAACUAGCCAAGAACGUAUUACCCCCGAAAGCCCACUACCUGUCCCUCGACACUACGCGAUACCGGCCGCACUCCGAUGAGAGGAGGCUAGAGGAACAAGACAUCAGACCCCUCCAGUACACCACAUUUCUCAGCGACGCGGACCGUGGGAUCCUCCUUACCCGCGCCGCCUUCGACGUGCGAGAGGACGCCGGCAGAGCCAGCAAUGCAACCAACACCCUGACGCCGCGCAAACUCGAUCCCAACAAGCCGAAGACGAAGCUGUCCUUGAAAGACUACAAAAACAGGAAAAGGUCUCCUGACGCCGAAGCGGCCCCUAAACCAGUCGCGCAGCCCGGCAAACCGAAUCCGCCGCCUAAGAAGCUACCGGAACCGAUGAAGAAAGACAUGGAAGACCGCCGUGAUGUCCGGAAAGACAGAGCUGAGGCGAGGACAGACGCAAAGCCGAACGCGAAAUUAGACGCGAAACCAGACGCGAAGCCGGACACGAAGCCGGACACGAAGCCGGACGCGAAGCCGGACGCAAAAGGCGAUGCGCGUCGUCUGCCUAGUCCUUCUCUCGAGAAGAGAAAACGAAUUGCCGACUCCGAUCGGGAUCUUAAGCCGGUGAAACGACCCAAGGUGGAGAAUGCGACAGCCAUCUCCACGAGUUCACGUCCCCCGAAAGAAAACUCGGCGCAGAAGCAGGAGCGUCUGCCACCCACCGAGAAAAAGCAGUCGAAAGAUUCGAGACCUGCAACCAACAUCCCUAACGGAAAACCGCCCCUCAACAGUACGGGUAGCAAGGGCGUCCCACCCAAGCCCGAUACUCAAGUAAACGGCUCCCAGAAGCAUAAUGCGAGCAAGGACAAGGUACAGAGGCGGGCGGAGAGCACUCCGAACUCAAAGUCGGGUGCUCCGGUCCCGCCCUUGCUAUCUCCGAUUAAUAUGUCGGCUCUGAUAGAUCCCGAGUCCAAAGCGUCGCGCCCCAGUCCCAAAAAGAAGCUGAUCGAUCCGAAUAGCUUAAAGGCACCACUUAAAAGGAGCCGCGACGAUCGCGAACCUUCGCCCGCCCCGAAGAAGCGGAAGAUCCCGCCUCUCCUCUCCCCGACCCUGCCUGCCAUUGUACUUGAAGAGCUAGCGAGGUCGAACAAGUUGACGCCAUUGAAGGAUUCCAGUCAAAGGAGCAGUCAAGUUUCCGAGUCCCCCAAGAGCCAGAAGAAGGCGCCGAAAUCGUCAAAGCGCGAGGACACGAUCCACGUCGAUAGCAACAAAGGACAACGAGAAUCGUUCAUGGUCACCCUGAAGUAUAAGAAGCGGAACGCGAAGACCGUGGAGCGACUCUUAGCCUUGCCCCCAGGUGGAAGGAAGAAGAACGAUCUACUCAAGAGAGACGACCGCGCGGCUCGCGACCGCUCCAUCAGCUUGGAACCCGGUACCGCUCGCAAGCGUCCCAUCCCCGCCGUCGAUAUUAGCGAGGCAUCUAAACGCCCAAAGACUUCAGAGAGCCUGCGCCCUUCGACCCCGCCUAGGCAGUCGUCGGCCAUGACGAGGGUCGCGUCCAAUAGCUCCCAAGCCGGUACGCCGGGAGCCGUCAACGGCCUCACGCCUGCCGCGCAAGCUCCCGAACGGCGCCGCCCACCGGUCGACUUGGAGAAGCUCCAGAAACUUCAAUCCAGGGCCGCAGACUUUAUUCAGCUUGCCACUAAGCUCAAGCACGAGCGGGAUGGGGUCCUGAAGCUGCCUGCUGAAGGCAUUUCGGACCGCGAUCGGCAAGUUGCCAUCGCUGCGGGUGUACAGUGCCUCGUUUCCUUCCUUCUCGGCUUCAAGCUGCAGAGCGACGCUUCCGAUCUCGAGCGCAGGCCCCAUUCUACUCGCGCGUUUCGAGAGCUGCUGGCCUUAUUCCGAGUGACCAGAGCCGAUUGCGCUCGACAUAACCCGCUAACCGCGCUUAUCUUGCGCCUUCAGGGCGUCUGUCUCGUCCAUAUCGGCCGUAUCAUGUGGUCGUAUCCCAACGACCCCGAGGUCGCAAAGGAUAUUCUUGCAAACAGCAAAGAGCAGCAAGAAACCUGGCGACUGGCCGACAAUGCGCGCAGAGUUAUGGGCGUAUAUGAUGGAAGCCCUAAAUCGGACGACGGAGGUACGAUCGGCAAGCUCAUUGAUCGACUUGGUCCAUGGACAAUGCCCGAAGAAACCGCACCGGUCACGCUCGAGGUCCUCCGAAAGCUCAUGCAGGGCCACAGCUCGUGGAAGCCCGCCGAAGCCUUGAGCAAAGCGUGUCACUCGGUAACUAAUGGAGUUGUUCGCUCAGCGCACCCAUAAACUCAGAGGGAUCCGUGCCAUCCAAGAAGCGUCUCCCACUUCUCACAAUGGUUUCAACCUAUAUUCUAAUGUAUAUUACGGACCACGAUUUCGACGACAUGAUACCAGAGCACAUGCUUCUCUUCCCCGGCAUCUGUUAUCAUCCCAACCCCCCUACACCAUCACUUUCCGAAUUCAGGCGAUCUAGACGAGAGAAGAGGGUCGAGAGAGGCGAAACAGGACGGCAUACAUGCAUUCAUUCAACGGCGUCUCGCUAGGGCGGACGGAUCACAUCACGGCUCCGGAACAUGUAUUUUUUUCGCGGUUUCCAGUACUAUUUUUUGUUCAUUAAGUAAUGAAUCCGAGAGAGGUCGAAUCAGAGAAAGUCUGAGGGGAAAGGACGGGCCG